AUGCCAGUUCCCCUCGCCGCCUCAUCCAACGGCCGCGCCUCAGGGAAACCAUGGAAGGCACAGAAGACCGCUACAGUUCGCUCAUAUUUGCCAGAAGGCGUAAAGAAUAAGAAAUGGGAAGAUCGCAUGGCAAAAACGCAAAAGGCACUGGCCAUUAAAAAACUGCAGACAGAGCUCAAAGACGAGAAGCAGGCGGAGCUGCAACGGCGGCGUGAAAUCACGAAGGAACGUAAGGAGGCGGCAGAAGAAAGGAGGAGACUAGAGGAAGCAAAGGCCCAAGUGCAUAUUUCCUUUCCUACAUCCCAGGCACCUUGCUGA